UUAUCUUUUCCCUCCCACAAAGCCACCAUCUUUCUAGCUCACUAUCCACUGCUAUAUCUCCCAAAACUCUGCUAAACUUUGUUCAUCAGAAAUUCACCAGGAAAAAAAUUUCAAGCUUUGAAGAUGGAGGCUGAAGCUGUGAGACGCAGAGUCAACGUGAUUUCAGCCCACUUGGUAGCCAUUGAUGACCUAUCUGCCACCCAUGUCCUCCCCAUGAACUGCAGCAGCAGUUUAAACAGUGUCAUCCCAAGGUAUGAUAAUAAGAUGUAUUUUGCACGACAAGGAUCUGCUUCUCAAUCUAGUUUCAUGAGACAGGCUUCAAGUGAAAAGGUCUUCUCAGCGCAGUCAGGCAUGCCACUCAAAUGCCCUGGUUCUGCAAAUGAGGGCUUCUAUUCUUCUGAAUGUCCAUUAUUUUCUAGAUCUUCAAGGACAGGGCCAAACCUCCCUACAGUGGGUGCAACACAACCUAUGACUCGAGGUUAUAAACUUUCUCCAGCUGAGCCUCCAAAAUUUGCCAGGCCAAGCAGACAAACUAAUCAACAAAAGGAGCUAUAUACAAAGAUGAAAGCGUCCGCUUCUGAAUCUAAUGUUAUUGAAUGGUCACCAAGAAUGGAUGUUGCAGAGUGUGGAGGCAACUAUGUUAUGACUGUAGAAGUUCCAGGUGUUAGUAUCAAUGACAUAAGGGUGGAGGUCGAUGAUCGAAAGCUGACUAUAACAGGUAAGCGCUCAAGUCAGCUUUGGAAAGUGGCAGGUUGUUCGAAUGACUUGAUCUCUACAUACCACAAAAGAGAGAUUUUACGAGGGCCGUAUGAGGUUGUAUGGCCACUUCCACCUAAUGUGAACAAGGACAGUGUCUCUGCUGAGUUUUUGGAUGGCUUUUUACAAAUUAUUAUUCCAAAACUUUGAGGAUCAAUAUUGGUGGCUGAGGCAUACUUAUCAUUUUAGUCCUAUAUUAUACAUAUAUUUGUAUAAAUGUUCAUCAUCUUGAGCAUAUAUAUAUUCUUACUUAAGUACGAUCUCCUAUAACAAUAUUGCAUUAUUUAUAAGGAAAUAUUUCAUUUAAAACCUCUCAA